GGGCUGAGCCGCGCGCAGUGGCCGCCGACCACCGAGCGCCCCGCGCCGCUCCCUGCAUGUGCGGCCCGCGGCGGCUCGCAGCCCCCGGCAGCAGCCUCGGCAGCUUCGGCCGCGCCUCGAGAGGCGGCUGCAGCGGCUCCAGCGGCGGCCGAGCGGCAGAGCCCGGGCUGGGAGACACGAUGCGCCGCGUCCUCCGGCUGCUCCUCGGCUGCUUCCUCACCGAGCUGUGCGCCCGCGUGUGCCGGGCUCAGGAGCGAGCGGGUCACGGGCAGCUGGCGCAACUGGGCGGCGUGUUGGUGCUGGCAGGGGGCAACCGCUCCGGGGCCGCCUCGGGAGAGGCCGGCGAAGGCGCUGGGGUCUCGGACGCGCCCCCGACCCGGGCGCCCACGCCGGACUUCUGCCGGGGCUACUUCGAUGUCAUGGGCCAGUGGGACCCGCCGUUCAACUGCAGCUCGGGCGACUUCAUCUUCUGCUGCGGGACUUGUGGCUUCCGGUUCUGCUGCACGUUUAAGAAGCGGCGACUGAACCAAAGCACCUGCACCAACUACGACACGCCGCUCUGGCUCAACACCGGCAAGCCCCCUGCGCGCAAGGACGACCCCUUGCACGACCCCACCAAGGACAAGACCAACCUCAUCGUCUACAUCAUCUGCGGGGUGGUGGCCGUCAUGGUGCUUGUGGGCAUCUUCACCAAGCUGGGGCUGGAGAAGGCACACCGGCCCCAAAGGGAGCACAUGUCCAGGGCCCUUGCGGAUGUCAUGAGGCCACAGGGCCACUGCAACACUGACCACAUGGAGAGAGACCUUAACAUUGUUGUCCACGUCCAGCACUACGAGAACAUGGACACGAGGACCCCCAUAAAUAAUCUUCACACCACCCAGAUGAACAACGCAGUGCCCACCUCCCCCCUGCUCCAGCAGAUGGGCCACCCACAUUCGUACCCCAACCUGGGCCAGAUCUCCAACCCCUACGAACAGCAGCCGCCGGGGAAGGAGCUCAACAAGUACGCCUCCUUGAAGGCAGUCGGAAGUUCUGAUGGUGACUGGACUGUAUCGACACUAAAGUCACCAAAAGCCGACAAGGUCAACGAUGACUUCUACUCCAAGCGACGGCACCUGGCUGAGCUGGCCGCCAAGGGGAACUUGCCUCUGCACCCCGUGAGAGUGGAGGACGAGCCGCGGGCCUUCAGCCCCGAGCACGGGCCCGCCAAGCAGAACGGACAGAAGUCCCGCACCAACAAGAUGCCCCCGCACCCCCUGGCCUACAACUCCACCGCCAACUUUAAGGGCUGGGACCCCAACGAGCAGUCUCUGCGGCGGCAGGCUUACGGCAACAAGGGCAAACUGGGCACGGCCGAGUCGGGCUCCAGCGACCCCUUGGGGACUCGCACCCAGCAGCACUACCCGCCCCCACAGCCAUACUUCAUCACCAACAGCAAAACGGAAGUGACUGUCUGAGCUUUCGCGACAGGGAGCACCCUGGAGACCACACUCAACUGAGAGGCAAAAAAUAAAUCCUGGCCACACCCGCCCUGUCCUCCCCCCCACGAUCCAACACACACACACCCACACACCCACCCGCAACGAGAACCGACUCCAAACCUGCUGGUGACACGGAAGCGUGCUUUUCCUGGGACAUGCCCAACACGUGUCGGCGGGCAGCUGAGGAAGAUUGAAGCAUGGACAUUCAGCAAUACAGUAAAGGGGAAACCGAGGCACGCUCUGUCAACUUCAGGCCCCAGGUGGCCGACUCACAUGCCCUAAACCAUGGGGCUAAUUUUUCUUUUCUUCCUAACUGGAAACUGAAAUCCAUGAUUUAAAAAAAAACAAAAACAAAAAAAGUAGCACAAUUUAGAGAAAUUGUCCAUUUGAGCACAUACACAAUUUGCCACUUGCUGUCUGUUUCUGGAUGAAAAGAGCCGGGGUGAAAGGGGGUGUAGAGAGGUAGGGUGGACGCAAGAGAAGAGCGUAUUUGAGAAGAGGGGUUGUUUGGGGAGGAAUUUGCCCACAUCAUAAGCAUUUUUCUAAUCCCAAGAAGGAGUGAUGUGAAUGCCAAACUUUGAUGAGUAGGAGAUGGUCACUGGGCCCCAACCGUUACAUUUAUAAUAAUUUUCAUAUCAUCAAUGUUGAAAGCAAAAAAACAACACACACUCAAGCUCACAAAAAAUAAAUAGACCCUGAACCCACCGACAGUGCUGGGAAAGAAAAAACAAAAAACAAAAAAAACACGUUCUCGAGAACUCCCAUAAAGACGAUGACCAUGGAAACGGGAGGGACGGGCUUCUAUGGCGGGGAGAGGGUCCAGAGAGUAAGAAAUAACAUUUUUUAAAAAUGAGAAAUAGGAUAUAAGGCCACAACAAAGCAGACAGGAACAGCAGAAUUGAUUUUGGUCCAAAAUCUUGAAGACUUAGGAAAUCAACAAAGACAAAAGUCCACAGGUGGAGACGUCCACAGGCAGUGAAAAGGAGGCCCCGAAGCCUCCCAUUUCUGGAUUUCGCCUCCAGGACCUGAAACAGCCGCGGAAACAAGUCCUCUAUUAACAGUCCGUCCCUGACGUCCCUCCUCCCUUCAGCGCGUGGCCACCGCUGCCAAACUUCAACUGCUUUGGACUGAAAAUGUCAUAAGCGUGGGUGGUGCCUUCAAUGUGUUACUGUUGUUUAAUGACAGUCUUGUUCCCCAAGUGCAACCUGUGUUCUUUUAGCCCCCCUCCCUCCUGUGUUUCUGCAGUAGUAGAAGAUGUUUCUAUCCUUCCUUUGUAGGUGAGCCUACCCCAUAACACCCUCUGAGGGGGCCGCUGCAAUGUCGGGGUACCUAAAGACGAAGACCUUCCAACUCCCCACAUUGUCGAAACAGGUUCUUCCACUUUCCGGCCUCCCAAACCUGUCAGACACGUCUGGGUCCCAUAAUUCCCGUGGUCCCUGCAAAUUACCUUCCCCAGAUACUUCAACCCCAUCCCAGAGUUUCCUGAGGUUCUUUUGCAGAUUGGUUGUUACAGCCAAUAGUCCUUGGGGGUCCCAACAAAGAUAAUUUUUCCUACAAGCUCUUUUUGUUGAGUGGAAGCUCAAAGAGGUUUGCAUUUAAGGUGAGAGGUAUUCAACUAGCCCCUUAAAGGUCUUGGCUGAUUUUUUAACCGGAAACCUCAGAAGCCCCAGAGCUCCUCUGGUGUCAGGAGCUAUAAAAGGUCUGGUCAAACUAGACUCAGAGCAUUUUCUGGAGCCCUGAGCUGCCAUGUUCUGCCUCACCUGUCUUUCCACCCUGAUGUCGUGGAAUCAGCAAAACCAGCUAGCUGUUUGUUCUCCUUCUCACUCCCAGCAGAUGCGAGGACCCCCACAAUGCAUUUUAUCCCUCUGAGCCUUAGUCUCCCACCUGAAACUUGGGGGAUUUGGGCUAGGUCAAGCUUUUGAAGCUUUUAGAAACAGCAAAACCUCUGCCUAUUUUUUUUUUAAGUGAAAUCUUUCAGUGAACCCCCUAGCUAAGAUCCCCGCAUAUAAAGAGGCAAAUGAUGCUGGACAAUGUAGGGUUUGGGGAUCGGGCACCCGCCCACCUUCUGGGCCUCCUUGCUGACACCCCAGAGCCCCCCAGAGCAGAGUAAAUACCGCUGGGCUUGGUCGGUAUUUCCUUGAUCUUGGUUGGCUACAUACCUGCUUUUGGCUACAUACUUUGGUAUUUCUGUGUAUCACUGGCACGAUAUUUGUAUUGAAACUGACUCAUUUUUAAUACAUUGUAUUUUUAAAAUGAAAACUUCCUGCCUUCAUCACAAACAUAAAACCAUUAUUAAUCACUAUAAAUAGAAAAUAAGCAUACAAAUAAGUACAAAGGCAACAAAGUAGGAAUGAUUAAAUUCUAGGUAGAUACUGUUGCCUGUGGAAGGAAGUGUCUAAACCUAAAGCCUGCAUGUGUUUCGUGCUUUCUCUCUCUCUCUCUCCCUCCCAUCCCUCCCUUCCUCUCUCUUUCUCUCUUUUAUAAGGAGAUUAGCAGGUGUUAAAGAAUUGUUAAAGAUUCCAGCACCCAAUGGAGACUUUCUCCUUGAAGUAAUAAGAUUAACUGAAUUGUAAAUGGAAAGGGAAUCAUUUCCUAUGUGAGUCAGUGUUCAAUAGUGCUGUAUCCAUGUACUGCCUACAACCGUUUUGCACACACCAGUGGUACACAGCCCACACUUCAGGAAAUACUGGGUUGGCUUAUCCGUGAGGCUCCCUCCAGCUCAAAGGCUCUGUCAUUCUUAUCUCCCUUCUUAGAUCAUCUUGCUUUCUGCCAUCAACCCACUGCACCUCCCCCUUAUCUCAACUCUGAUUAAAGGUCUUUCUUGGUCUCUGAAUCUAUAGGAUUUUAUGUCUUCACACUCCUUCUCUUCUGAGUCAACGUCAUCCACAGAACGGGGCUCCUUGCAGCCUGCGGCUGUAAUGUUGGCAGCAAAGGUGCAGCCUGGUCAACAAGAUGCAGCCGUGAUGACAGCCCAGGAAGGACAAGUACUCCUCAAGUGGCACUUUGCAGGAAGGACAGUCUGAGAAGUACUUCUCAGGCUUGUUAUCUGCUAGUUGGCUUUGGGAGCCAAACUGAGGAGGGCAGUUUGCACAGGGAGGGUCUGUUUAUUGUUAGGGUUCCUCUUGGGAGGGUAGACAGACUUUCUGAUGCUGAGAGGGAGGACAACUUAAGGAACUGUGUGUGACUGCCAUGUACCAAGGACAGGAUCCCAUAGCUAGAGCGGGGAGACCUGGUAGAGGGAAACCAGAACAAAGCAGAGAGACCAUCCUGUCCUCACGCCCUGGCACUAGCCUCUACCUUUUGCCUUUGCCUGUCCCCUGACUUCCAACCCAAUGGGACCAGAGUCUGACCCCCUCUGCCUUCCCCAAGCGUCUCAGCCUCCACCUGUCUUGGGCUCUGCCUGGCCUCCCCAUCUAACUCCCCCCCAGUUUUUUUUGUGUGUGUAAAUGAAGCAUAUUUUAUGUGCGGAUAUUUUAGUAACCGUAUGUUCUGCAAGUAAACCUGUGUUAAUACUUGUCAACAACUGCAGAGUUUAUGAUACCAAUAAUACUUCCUACAAUGAAGAAAAAAAACCACAUUUGUUUGUUUUCUAAGAAUGUUUAUUUGUAAACAUAUGUAUUCACUAUAUUAAUAUGAAUUUCUUACCUGGCAAUAAAACUGAUUAUAUGUGA